AUGUUAGGGCCACAUACAGAAAUCUACAGCCUGAUCACCCCAGGUGACUGGGUUGAUUUCUUCCGAUACAUUUCCGAGCCCUAUGAAGGAGGAUUGCUGGUUCCCCAGGGCGACAGCCGCAAUCUCAAGUCCCUGUUGAUACCUAAGGUCAUGGCUGCGAAGGAAAGGUUUGAUAUUAAUUUCCUGUUAAAUUAUCAACCCCCAGGAUUGGGCGACUGGACAAAAAAUGAUGCAAGGCUUCCGGAGUCCUCACAGCCCUUUAAUCUACGUGCCAACACGGGCCCCCGGUGGAUGUUGGGAGGUGUUAUGGCUCGACCGUUCAUCACGACCACCCAGGGCAAUGGGAUCUGUGCAAAUUUCGAGCAUUGA